GGUUGACAAAGGUUGACCACAGAUAACUUAACCAAACAUACUUAUAAUAUUUUAUACUAAAAGCAAAAUUUAUUCUAAUUAUGAAGUUGGUGUAUUGUGUAUGUUUUGUUCUUCUUUUUGGUGUAGUUGCACCAGAUGCAGCUGCCUUUAGGGAAAAAGUUAAACGACUAGAACAAGAAUGCCAAAACGAUAGAUCAACUUAUGUGGAUGAGGCGGAAUUAGAGAAGUUCAGAAAUCAUCAGCCGACCACUGCUACUAAUUUAGGACUACAUUAUCUUUGUACUAAUAUAAAACUUGGAAUUCAAGAUGAAAAUGGAAAGAUCAACACAGAGGCCAUCAAAAAUAAUCUUCGUGAAAUUAUGGAUGGACUAGCCAAAAUCAAUAUAAUAGCACAUAGAUGCAGCCGUCGAUUACCCGGAGAAUCAGCAGAAGACAGUGCUAUUGCAUUAUAUAGAUGUUUACAUACGCCCGUCCAUGUACAUAACAACAACCAUACUCAUAUCCACGUUCAUAGACGUAACAAACGUUCAACAAAGGCAAGUAAAGCUCAUAAACAUUGCCAAUCUGAUGAUUCAACUAGAGCAAAUGAAAGUGACUUGGAGAAGUUUAACAAGGGGGAAGCAGUAGAUACAUCUAAAUUAAAACCUUACAUAUUUUGUAUGAACAAAAAAUUUGAAAUGCAGAAUGCAGAUGGUACAGUUAAUAAACACGGAAUUAAAAAUUUUUUAGAAAAAAAGGUAAGCGAUAAAACAAGGGCUAAGGAAUUAAAAAUAAAAUGUUCAGAAAUAGUGGAUCCAUCGGCAGAAGAAACGGCAAUUAAAUUAUACAAGUGCGUUAAUGAAAACGCCCAACAUAAGGAUGAUCAGGAACAAAAUGCUUCAGAUAAUAAAGUACAACAACCGUCGCUUUUGAACACAGCCAACACAGGCACAACUGCUUUUGAACAAUGUCAAGCUGAUCCAAAAACUUCGGUUGAUAAAAAAACUCUUAAAAAGGCUCGAAAAGGAAAAAAUGUUGACACUGCUAGUUUAAGAGCACAUACCUUCUGUAUUAGCCUGAAGUUAAAUCUUCAAACUAUAAACGGAGAUAUAAAAACGGAAACUAUCAGAAAAAGCUUGGAACGCGAGGAAACUGAAGCUGCAAUUGACAUAAUAGUUAAUAAAUGUGGGACUAGGGAUGAAAACGAUCCAGCAGAUCUUACUGCAUUAAAACUUUUUAAAUGCUUAAAUAAAUAUGAAAGGAAACGAGAGCAGAAAAAACGAGCUUUCCUUAAACGUCUGAAGCAAUUUAAAAAGUAUAACCAAGAAUGCUUAUCUGAUCCCGCCAAUCAGGUUAAUGAGGAAGUUCUUUCUAAGUUUAGUCAAGGUGAAGAGGUAGAUCAUCCUAAUCUAGCGUCGUACACUGCAUGCCUAAAUAAAAAAUCCAAAUACCAAGACAAAAAAGGAAAAAUUAAAAAGGAUGCUAUUGUUGACGACUUAAAGUUGGUUUUCGACGAUAAAGCUGAAGUGCAAAAAAUGGUGAAUGAAUGUGUCGCAAAAACAAGCGGUCUUGCAGUUAGAGAAGGUGGUGUUCAACUAACUAGAUGUAUUUUCAAACAUGUUGCUACUGCACGUGCGGCUCAGAAUGUAAUCCCCAAAAGCGAUCGUCGGUAAAAUAUUCAAAAUGACCAAGUGGUAUUAAAAGCAUAUUUUAUAUCCCAAAAAUCAAAAUAUCCCUAACGGAUGGAAAUAGAAAUACUGAAAUUUCAAGCCAGGAUAUGAAAAAAAGUAAAAUAUCAAUUAA